ACCACCCCAGCAGUUUUUCUCCAGUCCCUGGGGCCGUUGCGCUUGAAUUAGACAGGAUUAAAGGCUUACUGGAGCUGGAAGCCUCACCCCAGCUCCCAAGUUGAGCCCCAGACCUUCUGUCUGCCUACUGAGAAGGACGAAGGAGGAAGGCAGAAGCACAGAGCAGAGCUUUGGCCUUGCACAGUCAAGGGGGCUUUUGUUCAGGAGUCCUGGGUCACCAGGACUAAGCCUCCUGGGGAUCCCCACCAUGAGAGAAUGGCUCUUGGUCCUGUCCAUGCUGUUCUAUGGACUGGCUGGCCCCACGCUCCUGUUCCAGCCGAGCCUCGUGCUGGAUAUGGCCAAGAUCCUCUUGGAUAACUACUGCUUCCCAGAGAACUUGAUGGGGAUGCAGGCAGCCAUCGAGCAGGCCAUGAAGAGUGAUGAGAUUCUGAGCAUCUCAGACCCUCAGACGCUGGCCCAUGUGCUGACAGUUGGUAUGCAGAACUCCUUGAAUGACCCGCGUCUGAUCAUCUCCUAUGAGCCCAGCAUUCCAGAGGCUCCCCAGCAAGCCCCAGCUCUCACCAACCUCACACUAGAGGAACUACUUUCUGGGUUGCAGACAAACAUCCACUAUGAGAUCCUGGAAGGCAAUGUGGGCUACCUGCAGGUGAAUGACAUCCCGGGCCAGGAAGUGCUGAGCAAGCUUGGGGGAUUCUUGGUGGAACACAUGUGGAGUAAGCUUAUGGGCACCUCUGCGUUGGUGCUGGAUCUCCGACACUGCACUCGGGGCCACAUCUCUGGUAUCCCCUAUAUCAUCUCCUACCUGAAUCCUGGGAACACUGUCUUGCAUGUGGAUACCAUCUAUGACCGCCCCUCCAAUACUACCACAGAGAUCUGGACCCUGCCAGAGGUUCUAGGAGAGAAGUACAGUGCAGACAAAGAUGUGGUGGUCCUCACCAGUGGACGCACUGGGGGUGUGGCUGAGGACAUCGCGUACAUCCUCAAGCAGAUGCGCAGGGCCAUUGUGGUGGGUGAGCGGACUGAGGGGGGUGCCCUGGACCUCCAGAAGCUGAGGGUAGGCCAGUCCAAUUUCUUUCUCACUGUACCUGUGUCCAGGUCCCUGGGACCCCUGGGUGGAGGCAGCCAAACGUGGGAAGGCAGUGGAGUGCUGCCCUGUGUGGGAACACCAGCUGAGCAAGCCUUGGAGAAAGCCCUGGCCAUCCUCACCCUGCGCCGUGCCCUGCCUGGUAUUGUCCGUCAUCUGCAAGAGGCCCUGCAGGACUACUAUACCUUGGUGGACCGUGUGCCAGCCCUGCUGCACCACCUGGCCAGCAUGGACUACUCUGCAGUGGUCUCAGAAGAGGAUCUGGUCACUAAGCUCAAUGCCGGCCUGCAGGCUGUGUCUGAGGACCCCAGGCUUGUGGUGCGGGCUGUUGGGCCCAAAGAAACCUCUUCUGGGCCUGAGACUGAAGUUGAUGAUACCCUAGUUGCAGCCCCUGAGGUGCCUGAGUUGCCCCAGGAUGAUGCUGCCCGGCAAGCGGUGGUGAACUCUGUAUUUCAGGUGUCAGUGCUGCCAGGUAACGUGGGUUACAUGCGCUUUGAUGGAUUUCCAGAUGCCUCUGUGCUGGGGGCACUAGCCCCCUAUGUACUACACCAAGUGUGGGAACCCCUGCAGGACACAGAGCACCUCAUCAUGGACUUGCGCCAUAAUCCCGGGGGACCAUCCUCGGCGGUGCCUCUUCUGCUGUCCUACUUCCAGGGGCCAGAGGAAGGCUCUGUGCGCCUCUUCACCACCUAUGACCGCAGGACCAAUGUCACACAGGAGCACUUCAGCAGCAGCGAGCUGCUGGGCCCACGCUAUGGAAACCAGCGCGGGGUGUACUUGCUCACCAGCCACCGUACUGCCACUGCAGCUGAGGAGUUCGCCUUCCUCAUGCAGUCCCUGGGCUGGGCCACUCUGGUGGGCGAGAUCACUGCGGGCAGCCUGCUGCACACCUGCACUGUGCCACUGCUGGAUACGCCUGAAGGAGGUCUGGUGCUCACUGUGCCAGUGCUAACUUUCAUUGACAACCAUGGUGAGAGCUGGCUGGGUGGCGGCGUGGUGCCUGAUGCCAUCGUACUGGCUGAGGAGGCCCUGGACAGAGCCCAGGAAGUGCUGGAGUUCCAUCGCAGCUUGGGAGCCUUGGUGGAGGGCACAGGGCACCUGCUGGAGGCCCAUUAUGCACGGCCAGAGGUUGUGGAGCAGAUGGUGUCUCUGCUGCGAGCCAAGCUGGCUCAUGGGGCCUACCGCACGGCCGUGGACUUGGAAUCGCUGGCCUCGCAGCUCACUGCGGACCUGCAGGAAGUGUCUGAGGACCACCGCCUGCUGGUGUUCCACAGUCCUGGUGAGCUGGUGGCUGAGGAGGUGCCCUUGCCACCCCCUGUUGUCCCCUCUCCAGAGGAGCUCUCCUACCUCAUCGAGGCCCUGUUCAAGUCAGAGGUGCUACCUGGCCGGUUGGGCUACCUACGAUUCGAUGCCAUGGCUGAGCUGGAGACGGUAAGGGCCAUCGGGCCACAGCUGGUUAGGCUGGUGUGGCAGCCGGUGGUAGACACAGCCGCGCUAGUUAUUGACCUGCGCUACAACACUGGCAGCUACUCCUCGGCUCUGCCACUGCUGUGUUCCUACUUCUUUGAGGCAGAGCCCCGCCAGCACCUCUACUCCAUCUUUGAUAGGGCCACCUCAAAGGUCAUGGAGAUGUGGACGGUGCCCCAGGUUACCGGGCAGCGUUACGACCCCCACAAGGACCUCUACAUACUGAUGAGCCACACCAGUGGGUCUGCGGCAGAGGCCUUUGCUCACACCAUGCAGGACCUGCAGCGGGCCACAGUCAUUGGGGAGCCCACAGCCGGAGGGGCACUCUCAGUGGGCAUCUACCAGGUGGGCAGCAGCCCCUUAUAUGCCUCCAUGCCCACCCAGAUGGCCCUGAGUGCCACCACUGGUGAGGCCUGGGACCUGGCUGGUGUGGAACCUGACAUCAUUGUGCCCGCAAGCGAGGCCCUCUCCACAGCCCAGGAUAUAGUGGCUCUGCGUGCCAAGGUACCCACAGUGCUGCAGACAGCUGGGAAGCUUGUAGCUGAUAACUACGCCUCCCCUGAGCUGGGGGCCAAGAUGGCUGCCAAGCUGAGUGGUCUCCAGAGUCGCUAUGCAAGGGUGACCUCAGAAGGGUCCCUAGCUGAGAUGCUAGGGGCUGAUCUGCAGCUGCUUUCUGGGGACCCACACCUGAAGACAGCCCAUAUCCCUGAGGAUGCAAAGGACCGCAUUCCUGGAAUUGUACCUAUGCAGAUCCCUUCUCCAGAAGUCUUUGCAGACUUGAUCAAGUUUUCUUUCCACACUAAUGUGCUGGAGGACAACAUUGGCUACCUGAGGUUUGACAUGUUUGGGGACUGUGAGCUGCUCACCCAGGUCUCUGAGCUGCUGGUGGAACACAUCUGGAAAAAGAUUGUGCACACAGAUGCCAUGAUUAUCGACAUGAGGUUCAACAUUGGUGGCCCCACCUCCUCCAUUGCUGCCCUGUGCUCCUACUUCUUUGAUGAAGGCCCUCCAGUUCUGCUUGACAAGAUCUACAGCAGGCCCAAUGACUCUGUCAGUGAACUCUGGACCCACACUCGUCUUGCAGGUGAACGCUAUGGCUCCAAAAAAAAUGUGAUCAUCCUGACCAGUGGUUUAACAGCUGGUGCUGCGGAGGAAUUUACCUACAUAAUGAAGAGGCUGGGCCGGGCCCUGGUCAUUGGGGAGGUGACCAGUGGGGGUUGCCAGCCACCGCAGACCUACCACGUGGACGACACCCACCUCUACAUCACCAUCCCCACAGCCCGCUCUGUGGGAGCUGCAGAUGGCAGCUCCUGGGAGGGAGUAGGAGUGACACCCCAUGUGCUGGUGCCAGCAGACCUGGCCCUAACCAGAGCCAAGGAGAGGCUCCAGCACAUUCUGAGAGGGUGAGGUGGAGCCGGGGUCUGUGGGAGGACCCCCAUGGGCAGAGCUCUGGGUGGGUAAGAACUCUGGGUCUGCCUGAGGCUCCAGGGGCAGCUCAGAGACCUCCUGUGUUCUGGUUAGUCUUAGAGUAGGAGGAACCUUUAGGGCUCAUCCAUCUGACAUCCUCAUCACUGCACCAAUCCUCUCUGCUUAGAUUCUGCCCCCGACCCCCCCGCUGCCACCCAUGGAAAGCUCACCCCCUUUACAGGCAAGUCCAGAUCCAUUCUCUCACCCAGCUUCCCAAUCCCUGUACCUUGGUCUUCAUGCUGUCACCAAGAGCAGCCUCACCAGUAGAAUACAUGAAUCACAGAUGAAAGAUAUUCACAUUUCCUGGUAGCCACAUUUUUAAAAAGUAAAAAGAAACAGGUGAUUAAUUGUAACUGUAUUCUAAUACUGCAGGUUCUCCUCCCUGUACGGUGGUUUAUAUCAUGAUAAGCAAAAUGUGAGUCGAAAAUAUUGCAAGUUAAAAUGCAUUUAAUGUCCAGAUAAACCUAUUACAAAGACAAAAACCAUAAGUGGAACCGUAGUAAGUCAGAGACCAUCUACAUAUUUUAUUUAACCCACUAUAUCCAGGGUGGUAUGGAUUUACCACAUAAUUAAUAUAGAAAUGAUACUGAAUAUGAUGUUUUUGUACAAGGUCUUUGAAAUGUGGUAGGUAGUGUGUACUUAUAGGACAUCUCCAGGUUUCUAGUGCUCAGCUUGUGACUCCCUUGUGGGAUGACACAAGCCAUAAGCUUAGGAGCCUGGCUCCUGCUGCACACUGUCCCUGCUAGAGUAAGAGAGGCCAUGGCCAGUGUCUUGUUGUGGGGGUUCUUCCUGCUGAGGAGGUGUAAGCCACCUGAGAAAUAAAAGUCUAGAAUAGUUAGUUAAGAACAAAAAACAUGGAGUCAGAAAUAUAUUUCCAAAGCCCCUGAUAGGUUUAGUCCACAGGGGUGCUGGAACUAGACAAAGGAAAGAUGGCUCUGGUGGUUUAUUUAAGGGGGUACAUCAAAGGCUGGGAUAAGGUUUUAAGGGUGAAGUCUUGCUUCUUGAUGUCUUGCAGUCAGCAGGCUGAUUGGCAUCCUGGCAGGUCACACCCAUCUCAUGUGUGGGAUAGGAAUUCACAAUGUCCCUGCGUAAUUGACCAGAGGAAAUGUCACUGGUCAUUCCCAGACACCAGAUGUUUCUAUCCACUAGGCUUCGAUGCAUGAUGACCCACACACAACCCAUGGAUGGCUCGUGACAUUAGAGCACCUCCCACACUGCUCAAAAGUCAUUUUCUACUAUGUAGCCCUCAAACUCAGGCAAUGUCCUACUCAAUCUUAGUCUCUGAUGCCUGGCAGCCAGCAGGGCAUCUGGCAGAAAUGUCGGAUAAACAACGAUUACACGUGAAUGUCAGGAUGCACAGAGAGCAAGAUUACAUUGCCCUCCACAUUCAUCCCUCAGACACUUGAACCAAGUGAGCCCAGGGAGGGAUGUAGGGAGCUCAGGGGUGACCUGGGAAGAUGAUGCCCUUGGUGGUGUCUUAGGAGCUAUACAACCCUGCCCUACUGGAGUGAGGAGGGACUCAGAAGUGAGAACUCUCCAAGGCCCUGCCCACAGUUCUGGUGGAGGUGAAGCAGAAAGUGUUGAGGAAAGUUCCAGCCCCCAGUCAAUGCCUUGGGAGCCCAGGGCCCCAGGACUGCUCAGCGAAGGUAAUGCACAGGUAUCAUCUGGCCUUGGCAUCAGGGUCAAGUCAGACUCCAGCAGCGCAGGCUCUGCUAGACCAACAAACCUCCCCCUAGACAGUUUCUCACAGAGCACCAGGCACAACCCUGCUUCCCUAGCUCCUUCCAGAGACCCCCAAAGGAUAUGAAAUCUGGGCAAACCACCAAGCCAAGCACCUCACUAAUACUUCAGGGAUUUCAACAGGGCAACUAUAAAACUCACCUCUUUAUACUCUGCCCAUUCUAAGACAAGAUUUCAUUGCAGUUCCUUGUUCUACAUUCAGAUAAGAUUAAGUGUAACAGUUGAUUCUUAGUAGUAACGUGUAUAAUAUGAUCUCAAUUUCUUCCUCACUAAACCUAUGACUCUCCAGGUGAAUGAGUGACUGCUCUACAGUAUUUAUGUACGUAAAUUCUAGUGCUUCUCUCUCUUUCUUCCCCUUUCUGUUUUUCAUAUAUAUAAGUGGCUCUCUGAAAAUUAACUGAAUUUCAGCAAUGGCUCCUUCUAGGUGGCAGAAUUUGGGAUGGUAUUUUUGCCUAUCUUCUUAAUUCUUUGCUCCAUUUCUUGAAUCCUCAUAAUGAGCACAUGUCAUUAUUUUCAGAUGCAGCAGUCAUUAUUCCGAAGACAUUAAAAUUAAUGGUAAAACUGA